AUGGCAUUCUCUCCAGAGUCCCUACCUUUGGCCGGUCAGAUGAUACUCCACAAUGGUGCGGCCUACCUCCGCCUAGAGCCUGCAAGCCCGACUCCAGCAGCACCUGCUCCUCCGGCUGCGGCUCCAGAAGAACCAGUGGCAGCAUGCGCCGUUCGACCGGUCCCAGACAUGGAUGUCGACAAGCCUCCCACGCACGCAGACAUCCAGCGAAACAUCGACAGUGGCGCCAUCCUGGUCCACGCGAGUCGAGUGGCACAGACGGCAAGUGCGCAUCGCAGCCUCGUCACCAACAUCCAAAAGGCCCCGCACCUAUCGGUUGGCAUAUCGAAUGGAGAGUGGGGUGUUGAAGCACAACGCAGGCUUUUCGAGCUUCUUCGCAAGGCAAAGCGUUCUCGUGGCCGAGUGCUCGCUAUCGCUGACAAGGAAGAAGGCCAUGACGAUGACCAGGCCAGCAUGAAGCUUCGCAAAUCUAAGCGUUCUCACGCGCCAGUGCUCGCCAUCACUGACAAGGAGAAAGGCCACGACAAGAUUCUAGAGCCCAUCGAGGACUUCCAGGACCAAGCCAAUGACCCAGACCCUGUGGAGAACUUCGAUGAGAGCGGGAAGCGCGAGCUCCCAAGCUCUUCCAAAGAUGACAAAGACAAGUGCCCUGACGACAUGGACAAGAGCAAGAGUACGAAGGCAGAUGACAAAAUGAGUCGCCGCGACCCCUCGAACAACUCAUCAUCCUCCUCUUCAUCUGACUCAUCCACCUCCGAGAACCGGAAGAGCAACAAAAAACAUAAGACAGAGAUGGUUCCCCUUGAAGAUUUCGAACGUGUCAGCGUGGCUUACGAUGAAGCUAUUGCAGAAAACAACGAGUUCCGGCAGGACAUCUACGCGAAGGACCUCCGCAUCAGUGAGCUCGAGGAUGGGCUUUUAGCAGCUCAACAGCAGCUGGAAGCAUAUGAGCGUGAAGUUUGA